CAUUCAGCACAGCAGUUCCCCUGCAGCCCUGUUCCCCUGCCCCUCUCCUGAACUGCAGUGACUGUACGUGUAAGGAGAAGGAGUAUCUUCAAAACUGCUUUCCCCCAGGAGAAAGAAGGAAAAGGACUCAGCAACUGGCAGGAGUAUCCACCCCAUCUGGCACGUUUAUAAAGCUUGGAAGGACAGCCACAGCUCUCAAGUUGCCUGUUGAGACAUGGCAUGUUGAAAACAGGUCGUUGCACAGUGACAUGUGAUGGACAGUAGGAGAGAUGGCCCCAUUCAUCUAUUACCUCUAUUUCCUGCAGCUCUAAAUAAGACUUUUCAGCACGAGGAGUUCUGGCACCACCAGGAGGGGCUCAGCAGGGCAUUUUACCCGUGGAGGCCGAAACCGCACAGCAAGAGGAGCGUGGUCCUUCCCAGCAUUCAGCUUUCAGAAAGACCAAGACAUUCCAGGAUCAGAUAUGAUUAAAGGCCCGGGCAUUCAGUGUGCUGUGCACCUCAAAGCAUUUGAGGCAAAGAAGGAGGUGACAGGCAUGAGAAAGUCUGGAUGAAGGAGACAAACCAGCAAGGAAGCCGGUUCCAUUCUUUUAUGAAGAGACAUCCUGAAGUCACUUGCUGUAGUCAAACAUUCCUCCAACGGUAAGUGCUGUGGAUCUGAGGAGGCUUGUGGUUUGCAUCCUGGACUGGUCAAAAUGCGGCUGCUCUAUCCUGCGUGGGCAAGGGUAAAGAGUAGCCCUGAGAUACUUUAGAAGAGACAGCACGAUCUGGUGAUGGGAUGCAAAGGUCUGAAGUCUUCCUUUGUCUGUCAAGCAUGUGCUCUUCAGGUUUGGGAGGAGAAGUUGAAGGGUAAUCCUAGGACCCUCCAGUGGCCAAACAUGGGGUUUUCAUUGCAAUCAGGUGGUGGCCUGGAGGAAAGUUGAAGGGGAUGACUCCUACAUGAAAGAUCAGUUCUGCCUUUUUGGUCUCUGCAAGUAGGGAAAUUGUGAUUUUAGAGCCUGGGAAGAUUCUUCCUCACUUCUGUGAAGCAGCACCAUGUGUUGUCAGUGAAUUCUCUGCCUUGGCAGGGAUGUUGUGGGUGGAUGUCCUGAGACAGAAGUGUCUCUUUUCAAUGGAAUUUCAGGUGCACUGUGAGUUGAUAAACUCAGUUUCAGAUGAGAGUAAAGCAUUCCUACCAGCUUGUUUAAAUCAAGAGGAAGGAAAUGGUUGCAGGUCUGCAGCCUACAAGAAGAUUCACGGACUAACUUCAUCAUUAUCAGAACAAUUUUAUCUGCAAAUUGCAGACUUGUCUUCUGCUUGUCUUCUGCUGGAGCUGGACCCUGCAGCAUCUGGACCCAAACUGCCCAAGCAGCAAGUCUCCCAGCUCAGCCAGCACCACAAGCCAGUGUCUGCCCAGCUAUAUCCAGCCCUGAAGGAUUGAAGUUCCCAGUGGCAGACCAGGCCACACAGCAGCUUCCAUGUGUGGGUGCUCCCUGCAAGUCCUUCUCAAUGGCAGUCUGAAUUCAGCUGUUCACAAACACAAAGUUGUGCUAUGGGAAGAUUACUGACUGCCGAUUGACAAGAACUGGGAUAUGGUGACCUGCAUACAAGGACAUUCUGAUAGCUUUGUUCUGGUGAAGCGAGGAGUCUGGAAUUGAACUGCAUGUAUCACACAGCAGGGCACAGGACAGCAUUUAGGACAGCAUUCAGUCUCGUGUGCUGGUGCUUACCCACUUAGAGGUAAAGGAUCUCCCUGCUCAGCACUGUGAAAAGACUCCCACAGCAGCCUGCUGGGCAGACAUUUAUUUCCUUUCCAGAGAGUAUGGAGGUGGCACGUCCAUGUUAAGACCAAAAGUGCAAGUCCUGCUCGGAGGCUGGGUUAUGAUUGCUGGACGAGGAUUUUGCUGCGCCGUUCAGCCCUACCCGUGGCGGCCUGCAUUCUGCAGUCUGGUUGGGUGCUAUGUACAGCAUGUCUUUGGUGAAUCACUUGUGACUCUACCCCUGUUGCUGGAUCUCAGGAUGGACGACCUUAGAGACUUUGCAGCCCACCUAAGCCUUCCUAAUUAACACAUUCUCAAGUUCUCUUUGCCUCCCUACUCAUGAUAUUUGUGGUAUUUCAUUGCUACAUCUUGUGGCAGUCAUCAGGGGACACUGCAAUUGGAAAUGGGGCUGUGCAUUGGAGAGAUGGACAAACCCACCCUCAGUGCUGCUGCAGUUGCCCAGAAGUCAGUGAAGUGACAUAAAGAAGGAAGAGCGGCCAAUAGAUUUCUUCACAAGGCAAGCUUCCGUGCUCUCUGUCCAUCACAACUUCAGCAAAGCCAGUGGUCUGGAUUCUGCAGAAAAGUGGGACCAUUACCCAACAGAAAAUACUUGGCUCUGGGAAGAGACGUGGAGGAAAUGUCUGACAGAUUUUUGUGACAGAGAGCAGCGCUCCCUUGGUGAGGAAGGAGUGAUGGACGUCCUCACUGUGGCCAGUUCUGGUUAAGGAUGAAGCAGUGACUUUGAUGCAGGCAGAGGAGACUGCAACCUUGGGAACAAAACAAGUGACCGUGCAGUGGUUGAUGUGACCGAGGAACCAUUUCGUGCCUUUGAGCUUCAUUUAAGUUCUUCAUAUGAAUAAGAGCAAAAAUGUGUGCUAUGUACUGAAGCAGCAGCAAGUUCAGUCCAGAAAGCCCUGCCCUAAUUGGAAUUAAACUUCUGAUGAAUGGCAUGUAGGUAAGACUUACAUGUUGGCCUGCCUGAAUUAUGUCAUGUCCCUGAGAAUGAAAGAUACAGCUCUCUUUCUCUCAAUUGGAAAUCAGUUUAUUCUCCCUCUGUCUUAUUGGAAGAAUGGGUCUGCUCAUCUUGCUCCCCUCUGCUUUUGCAUGAAGCUAUAUUUGUUCUGACAGCAAGUGUUAUGCUCCAAAGGUCAACCCUUAAAACAGCCAGCUACAUCUUGGAUGACACAACCUCAUCCUAAAAGCUAUGAGGAGCCCUUGGCAAUUGCAGCCAGAAUCUAAAGGGCAGUCUGUGGUCAGAAACAAGAACUUUUUUUUGCUAAUACAAGCUACAGUCAAUUCUACCAGCUGUUUCCAGACUUUAGCAAGUGUUUCCUACUCAAAUGGAGAGAAUGGUUGAUGGGAACUGGACUAGAUACAGCCAUUCUGUCGAAUGGUCCAAAGUUACAACCACAGCAAAGUUGGAAAAGAUGCUGGAUGUCUCCAAUGCACUAUGUACCAAAGUGCCAGAUGUUUAGGAUCCCUUAAGUCAUCUAACAGGCCUUCUCAAGGCAAUGUUACUCUUGAGUAUCUUGGUUCUCCUGUAAAAGCAUUAAAGUGAGCUAAUUUUAACUUUGAAUUAUGAGAUUUUCUCCAACAGAAGGUGUCCCUGAGGACACCAGGGUAGAUUUGAUUUCCAAAACGUUGCCUUUGUAUAUUUUAAACGGAGCAUCUGGAUGAAGUUCUAAUGGCCAGUUCAGACUGUCUGAUUUAUAGCAACAGCUGUUCACCUUUGUAGAUGGGGAGAUUCACAGAGAUACAGAACACAUUUAUGAACUUGAUAUUCUGUGCCAAAGGUCAGGGUUUUUUGCCUCAGUUUUGUGCAGGUGUAAAUCUAGAUAGGCUCCCGUGAAGUCAGUGAAAUUGCUCCAUGAAAGGCAUGGAAAUUGGAGUUACAGGAAAUAGCAGAUCAGUUCUUUCUUUCUCAAGUAGACUGAAUUUUAGAACCCACAGCAAAUGGAAAGUGGUUAGGGUUGAAAAAUACACUGGAGUAGUGAUAGGGUGUACCUCUGAGUGAUGGGGAAAAUGUUAAUUCCUUCAAGGGGAGCGACUUCUUCACAUGGCUUUCAGAUGGCAAUCAGAAAGCCCAGCAUUAGGAAGCAGAAAAAAUGAAAGAAUAAUAACAGGGAAGGUAUCUUGGAUGUCCUGUUGUACCUUUGUAAUAUUUUAAUUCCCAUUUCAAAAGGUAAAGCUUCUACUGCGUGAAACUUCAUGCAAGUAUUUCUUUAGUAGUUGAUGAUUCCAAAUUUAAAAGGGGCUGGGGGAGAACACCUGCUUUUGGACAAGUGUAUCAGCACUCUUUUCAUCUUUGUAGCUUUUUAUUAUUAUUUUUUUCCUUUUCCCCAAUAAAAAAAUAAUGCUUCAGAUUUCUCCAUGACACUUUUUUGUUUGAGUUGAGCAGAUACUUUCUGCUUUCAAAAUAAUAAAUGUUUUGACAAGAAUAAAAGAAGUUAAGUGCCUCCAGAUCCUACACAAGAUCCAACCUAAACUUAUCUUUGGGGACUCGGUUAUGCUUUCCUAAGACAAAGUGUUUCUGGAGCAUUAGAAGCCAAGUGAAGAAUCAAGGCCAUAUAACUUUAUUAUUACCAAAUCUGCUGUGUUUCACACAUUCACACUCUCUUCUCUUUCAGCUACUCAAUCCACCUCUAUGUUUUCCAUAAAAUACUCUCAAAGCUGGGCUGCUGGUGCCAGCUCUGAUCUAAAAAGCUGUGACGAUUGAGAGUCCUCCAUACUCCACCAAAUGGAACAAAUAACAUUAUUAAUUCAGUAUGCAGUUGUCUGGCUUACUACACUAAGCUUAAUAGUUAAUACAAUGCAAUGGAGCCUUAUUUCCAGCUACUGGAUGCCUUCCCUUAAAUUGCCUCUUCAGCCAUCAGGCUGCGAUAGCUUUGUUUGAAGCAUUGUUCCACCUGAACUACAGAAAGGAAAUUCCCCACUAAAGCUGAGAUAUUAGAAACUGUUUUGCUUUCCCAGGUGGAGGCUUCCAGGGCUCCAGACCACAUCAGGAGCACAGGUGUAGGUGUUGGGUUUGUUUGGGUGGCUUUUUUUGCCUUGCUGACUCAUGCCCUAACUGUGAUAACUCAGGCUCUCUCCUGACUGCAUGAGAAGUGUUGUUGCUCAUUUGGUUUACCCUGGCAGCACGGUCCUGAGCAGAGGAACAGGGGCAGAAGGUGCCUGAAUGCCACUGACAUAAAUGUAAACUCCCAGAGGAUCAGCUAGAGGUAAUGCUGUUGCUUUGCAUGGAUCUUUGUCUGACAUAGUGGUAAGGUGCAGUCAAGAUGUGGAGCUAAGUCAGAGACCUGGGAUUCUGCCCAAAUGAAAACCAAUGGGAUGAAUUCACCCUGGUACCUUUUAAGCAGGCUGAAUACAAAGCAAAUAGUUCAGAGCCAGCUACUGUGUUUCAAAGCCUUCAGCUUUAUUCGUCUAAAAUAUUCCAGCAUAAGAAAAAGCAAUUAAGGACUAUUCUCUGCUUUGUCUGGUUUAGAUCUUAAACUCCUGAGGGCAGGGGCUGCCUUGCAGUGCCUGUUGCUGUGGCCUUAAUGUUGAUCCAGCCCAUUCAGUGCAGAGAUAAUAAAAAAAAGAGCUCUUUGCAGCAGUUUUGUAUUGCUCUGUAGGUCUGGGCAACAAGAGGUCAUCUUGUGUAAGGUUUCAGUGAUUUGGCUGAUGAAGCACCUGAUGAUGGAGUUUUGUAGCCAAUGCUGCUGGUGAGUUGCUAUUAGCAGAGACCUAAUCUGAAUACAAAUAUCUGUGGAAACAGUUUACUGCACCUGGCAAGUUUGUGCUGGAACUUCUCAUCCAAUCCAGGGAUCGAAGCAGGAUGAUUUACGGGAUCUUCCUGGCCAAUAAGCAGUAUCUUAUUGGAAAGGUUUGAAAUUCUACCUAAAAUCACAGAGUGAAAGGUUUUUAAAUUUGCCAGGAAGUUAUUUUCAGGGUUGACCUGGAUUUGCACAAAACAGCACAAAGGAGAGAACAGCUGGAGGCAUUAAGUGGGAAGAGAACAGCAUCUGACAGAUUCUCAUGGGGAUUAUUAUUAUUUUUUAAGGGAGGUGAAUGGCAUAUUGUUGCCUCAAAUAUCUGACAAACAGAGGAAGGCAGGGAGCUAGCAGCUGGCAAGGCAGCCAGGUCCAGUGUGCGCUGGCAUAAGUGGGGUCCAAACCACUGGGCCUCUUGCAGAAAAGGAUUUUGCCACUGGUUAUCCUGGGAUGAGGCUGUGACAUGAACUCUCGUGUCUAAACAUGACUGCAUUGCUUAUCUCUGCUGGACGCCCAUGUCUGCUGUCAAGGCAAAUAUUGUUCUUAACAUGGAUCUGCCAGAACUUCAUGCUUUGACAAGUGUAUUUUAAAUGUCCUAGGCAAGAUUCUUCAUGCAGAGAAAGAGGAUUUGAGGGAUGUGGCCACCGGUAAUACAGAAAUCCAUCCGAAUUUCAACCCAGGGCAUACCUGGGAAGCAUAAGCAUGAUGCAACGUUCUUUGUGCGUGGCUUGUUCCUAGAUUGGACUCUGGAAAAAACAGCAUCCCUCAUUGCUGCCAGUUUUCCACUACAGUCCCUCUUAUGUCCCCCUUUCCUCUGCUGUCUGCAUUUCUAGCCCCAAAAUGCAGUCAGGGCCAGAAUUGUUCCAGAAGUACAAUGUGUUCAUGUAUUUCUUUGGAUUGGAGAUGGUAGGAUGGUGCCACAUUUUUCCCAAAUAUUGAGAGUUUUCCAGCUAGUUCUGGCUGGUCGCUUUGCUGAGGUCAAAACAUUGGCUGAGGCAAACUUGAAGAUGUUUUGUGCCAUUUCUCAGUGAGUGUGGUUGGUUGUUUAUCUUUCAAACAUCAGCACUUCCUGCAUCAGCACAAGAUUUUCUCUAGGAAACAUAAAAACACCUUUUCAUUUUGGCCUUUGGAAACCUUUUGAAGUCUUCCAGCUGAAAAAUAGCAAGGUCCCCAGGCUUGAGCAUUUGUGGAUACUUUGCAACUGUUAAGGGCUAAAAAGCAAAUGAAAGUCCUGGGAUCUGUGCUAGGAGGGUGCAAUAAGAGAUGAAUGUGCAACAGCAAAUUGCUUUAAGCCCUUCCCUACUAUUUUCCAGAAGAGUCUUGAUGGAAAAUUGUCUUCUCAGCCCCGAGUGUGAAAAAGCACUGCUUUGUGUUGCCUUUUCUUUUAGUAACUUUAGUGUCAAAUGUAUUGGUUACACAUUGGACACGUUUUUAAUGCUCCAUGGUGUAUAUUCUUCCAAUAGGAAAAACCACCUAGAGCAUCAGCUGUGUCUUUCUUCUCUCUCCACAAAGACCUAUGGGGCAUCCUGCAUCCCUGUAAGAAAGGAGCUUUGACCUUUUGUCUGUUCUGACUGGAUUUCUUUUUGCAGACCUUGCCUGACAUUGCUGUCCAUUUCAAGAGAUACUUUCCUGUCUACUUUGCCUGUCUAAGGCACCAACAUCCAGCUUCUACUUUUGGUUGCUCCCAUAGGUGCUUUGGAUCCAGCCUGGUAAAUGGUAUAUGGUAUAUGCCUUUUAAAUGGCAUAUAGCACAGAGUCUGAAUUAAGAUCAUGGACAAGUUUGAUCAGCAUCAGAGCUUAGGUGCCUAUUCCCUUGGUUUAGCACAUUUGCCAGCGUACAGCAGCCAGACACGAUCCCUUCCUGCACUCACACACACAGACAAUCAGACAUUUUAGUAAACCUUUCUUUGCACAGCAUUUCAAUAAUAUCCUUAGUGUUAAGGGCAUUUGGUUUUGUAUCUGUUCAAAAGGGGAUGCUGCAGGCUUAGUCACCCAUUUAGCUCUUAGCUUUGCUCACUGGAGCUGUCUCAGAGGAUGAGCUUGCUGAGCUGCCCAGAUGUCACCCCACAAGUGCCCUUCUCUUGGGCUGGGGGAACAGGGGUGCAGGGAGCCUGCCUCUCUGAGGGGCCCUGGACUGGAAGGUAACAUGAGCGGGGCACAGCCCUCCAUCCAGCAGUGCAGUGUUUGGGAGGACUUCUCUCUCCUCAGGGGCUGCUCUGCUCUCUUCAUCCGCUCUCUGACAUGAUCCUAUAUCCAGACUCUUUAGAAGAGGAAAAAAAGAAGCAAAACUGAAAGCUGCUAUUUUUAAACCUUCCCUUUGGCUGUCUUUGCAGCGCUGCCUUCCUCCCCGCGUUUCAAACAGUGUUCUUUUGAGAACUAGGCACCAGGGCCCUGCGGUUUCCUGGUACUUGGAACAUAAAAUCUCCUAAUUCUUCUCUCGCAGCAAGCUUCAGAGGCCGGGGAGUGAUUGAUAUUUUCUAUCGCUUCAUUAAUAGUCACAGCACAGUAGUUUUCUAAUCUGUUUUUGCACCGCUUUUUAUUCUGAAUAAUUUGUCUUUCAAAUUUUCUCAGCCCUCCGUGUCACACAAAGCAAAUGCUGUUUGCUCCCCUCCUGCCUUUUAACCACUGGGUUGGGACCUUCGGGAGCUGCUGAGGCAAAGCGGCCCAAGAGAUGGGAAGCUGGGACCUGCCUCGUGGAGCCUCCUCAUGUGUGCUUAUAGCACAGCUUGGCAAAUAUACUUGGGAUAUGUCCCAGAAUUGGAUAAAUUGGAAGUAACUGCUACAAGGGAAGUCUCCCCUUAUCUCUCUGCUGACUGAUAUCAGGAUCCGUGGUGUAAGUGUUGCUGUUGCAAAAGAUAAAUGUAAGCCGUGCAUAAGGCAACCUGCAAUCUAUUCAGGCAAAGGGGAAGAAAUGUGAGUGUUGAAGUUAUUGAGAGUCUGAGGCCUACUUCUGGUGGCAAACGAGGUGCUCAGGGCACAGGAGAAAAUCAAACAAAAAGGAUCCAGGGAAAACCUGGGGCAUCUGCUGCUGAUCGUGUCUUUCCCAGCACAUCUCCAGGAGCGAAGCUCUCCAGGAUAAAGAUAGAAAACUGCAAUGGAUCCAUUUGCCAAGAGGCUUGGGCAUCAUCCCAUGAGAUGUGGAGAAAAGCAGAACAAGGGCUAGCUGUUGUGAAGCUGUGAACUGGCUCAGCUCUGCCACACUGAGAAAUUGCUGUCUAACUGAUCCUUUGUGGACCUCUGACCAAAACCAUCCAGUGCAACAUAUGCACAGACUUAUCCAGACUCCUGCUAGGAAUUGGAAUUGGCAUCGAGCAACACCCACGCCUCCACCCAGACCAGAACCCACCAAGAUGUCUCUCCCUCAGAUGAAGCUCAUGUGUCACUCACAACCCAUGGCAGAGGACAUGCAGGGGCUUGGAGCAGAGGACAGUUGGAAUGGGAAGAUGUAGCAUGGUUAACCAAAAUCCAGACUCAUUUGGGCUCCUUGGGCAUCUCCUACUGCAUCAUUCGGGACCUGAGGUUCCCAUGUGCCUUUCUGGUCUUCUCAGCAAGCUAAUGGAAACAAUCCUGUAACUUCAAGGCAGAACGAUGAGGUUUUAGAAUUCCCCUGACUGGUAAUGAGAGAGUUGAUACAGCUUAACAGCAGAGUAACUGCAUGCCAGGAUGGCAACUUCAAACCUGGAGAAUCAGCUGCACAGUGCCCAGAAGAACCUCUUGUUUCUCCAGAGAGAACACGCCAGCACCCUGAAGGGCCUGCAUGCCGAGAUCCGGCGCCUGCAGCAGCACUGCACAGACCUAACCUAUGAGCUGACUGUGAAGAGUUCAGACUUGUCAGGAAGCAUUAGUUCAAGAAGUGAUGAACUCAAAAGAAAGUGCGAAGAUCUUGAAGCUCAGCUGAAAGCCAAAGAGGCUGAAAACAAUGAAUUAUUGAAAGAACUUGAACAAAAGAAUGCAAUGAUAAUGGUGCUGGAAAACACCAUUAAAGAAAGAGAAAAGAAGUAUUUGGAAGAGUUGAAAAUGAAAAGCCAUAAGCUCAAUAUGCUGUCCAGUGAACUAGAGCAGAGAGCAAGCACGAUCGCUUAUCUAACUUCUCAACUGCACGCUACUAAGAAGAAGCUGCUGAGUUCAAGCGGGACUUCGGAGGGGACCCCUUCAGGCAGUCCAGUGUUGUCCAGCUAUAAGCCAGCCCCUCCCAAAGACAAACUGCCCGAGACUCCACGGCGCAGAAUGAAGAAGAGUUUGUCAACACCGCUCAACCCGGAGUUCGAAGAGGCCUACAGAAUAGGGUCGGAUAGUCGGAAGCUGCUGCUAAGGGAGCACGUGGAUGCCAUGCCUGAUCCCACUCCGUUUCUGUUGGCCAGAGAAACGUCGGAGGUCCACCUCGUUAAGGAGAGGCCGCUGGUUAUUCCACCCAUCGCUUCGGAUCGAGCAGCCGGCGAAUCGCACAGCCCAGCGCGAGAGAAGCCGCACAAGGCGCACGUCGGAGUGGCGCAUCGCAUCCACCACGCUGCGCCCCCCCAGCCUCAGGCAGAGGUUGAAACGCUGGCGGUGGAUCAGGUCAACGGAAGCAAGGUGGUCAGAAAGCACUCAGGGACGGACAGAACUGUUUGAGUCAAAUCACUGCUGCCCUGUUCUGUCGCUGUUUAUGCACUGUGAUCCCAUAGGAUAAAUAGCACCUGCAGUAAAGUUUCUUUCGAUGCCCCAUGCAUGCCAAACUUCUUCCAGAUACAUCAUUAAUAGAUUAUCCUCCUCUAUUGAUACCUACUAGGACUGUGUUCAUAUGGCAAGGUAUAUAACUACUAAAUGCUGUGGCCAAAUCAGGGGUACCUGACUGCUUGCUUCUGAGCACUGCUCCAUUUAUUGUAUCUACACGUGUGGACAAAGGCACAUGCUGCAGGCUGUGUUAUUAAUAUUAGUGAAAACAAGCCUAUUAACCUGCAGCAAUAGGUAUUGGCUGUUAGCAUUUGAAAUAGCAAUGGUUCUUUUGUCUUCACUGUGUAUGUAGCACUUCAUACACAAACAUUAACUUUCAUGACAAAGCCUUCCUCACGGUAGCAUUGAAAAUCCAUGGGCUGUACAUACACUUCAAAACAAACUAAGGACUUUUUUCCUUCAAAUGCUCUCAGUUGUGAACUGUGUUCAUAGUUUCUCAAAGUCCUGAGAGUCCCAGUAAGCAUUGUUUAGUCCUAAAUAACUUGGUUUGUGGCUUUAAGUAAAAAAUGAGGAAGAAACAUGGAAAAAUCACUGUCUUCAAUGGUUAAUGGUCCUCUCAGAAGGAGUAUGAACAUGUUUUUGUUUGUUUUUUUAAACUGAACGCCCUCAAUGCACAUUUUACACUAGUCAGUGAGUACACUGCACUUGUGGCACCUUCCAUACUGGCUCAGAGCUCCUUUUUUUCAGGGAGAAAAUGUACCCGACUGUCCUGUAUGAGAAUGGUUCUUUAUGCUCUAACCUGCACUUUUUUUAUAAAGAUUGCUUUUUGUGUUUUGUUUUGUUUUUUUCUUGAAAAGUUUAGACUUAUUCAGGGUAUCAAUGGUCAGUUCUGACUUCUAAUAGCUUAGAAGCCUGAGCUGUGCCUCUAACAUGUGUGUACUCAGUUUUAAAUGUAACUGACUUACCCACUUCUUACAAGAGGAGAACCUGGCAUCCUUGACUUCUAUCCAAGUCACUUGGGAUGCACCUGCCUUGUACUUGUCCUGGUUCCCCUGUCUAGUUAGCAACAGGUAGACCCUGCAUCUGUUGUUAGACUACUUGAUUUUUGUUUCUUCUUUUUGUUCUUUUUUCUAGGAAAGAAAGGCAUACUGAGAGCUGUGUAUGUAAUUUUUGGAAAGGAGUUUUUCUUAAAUUCUGAUCAGCACCUCCAGCUUGCCUCUGCUUCACUCUUGUCUGCAGCCUCUGAGUAGGACCAGCAAGAAAAAACGGCUCCCAAAUGCUGCUAAGCUUAUGAUGUGCCUUCAAAAAUUUGGAACACGUAACCUUUGUAAAAGCUGAUGAAGGAUCCCUGCCUGCCCUCUUUCCUUCCCCUUGCCAGCUGUAAUUUGCCCCUCCAGCUUUUUUUCUGCAGCUGUGUGUUGGUGUGUUUCCCUCUGGAGCCUUGGGUAACUAUCUGUCAGCUUUCUCCCUCCUCCCCCCCAAAAAAGGCACUGACAGGAUGAAAAAAGCUGUUCUUCCUACCUGUGGUACUGCUAACUUCCUUGUGCAGCAUGCAAACUUACAGCAGGGUUGGUCCCAGUCAGAGAGGAUUGGAAUGUCCACUGACCUGAAGGCUUCCUGUGCCCUGUCCCUGUGCACCCUCACAGCUCAGGCACUUGCUAGUUUGAGAAGCCCAAGAAAUGCUUGUCAGCGUUGUGCCUUGCCAGCCGUGUGCUAGGAUUUGUUUCAUGAACUGUGGGGAGGGACAGGCAAAAGCUCUGUUCCUGCAAAAUUGGCUAAAGAAAGUUUGUUAUCCUGGAGUGCUCAGUGUAUUGUAUUUACCAGCAGUGUUUUCGGUUUGGGGAUUUUUUUGGUGGUUGUUGCCAUAUUUUUAUGGCUGUUGUAUGAGUGAGCUACCCUGCCACUUGUUCAAGGCUGAUGGAAGGCAUCGCUUCCAAACCCAGCAGAAGUGAUGCUUUGGGCAAUUAAAAACAUUUCUUACAACCAUACAGCCAAACCUUA